GUACUCAACUUAAGUGUCAUUUAAGUUGGUAGAAAACUAUUAUUCUGUUUGUGAAUUUGCUCACUUGUCUUUUGGAUCUUUUACCGACUGUUGAAUUACCCUUCAGUUCAGGCAUAACACAGAUAACAAUUCAAUGUUUGUCAACAAUUGCAGUCCCUAUUAAUGAAUUCCCAUUAAACAUGUUCCGAGUGUGCAUUAGAUACCGUUUUCCAAUAGCUCUACCCUCUAACGCUACGCGAAGUUUCAGUGGCAGCUCAAAUGAGCCUCAUUAUGAUGUGGUUGUGGUUGGUGGAGGCAUUGUGGGUGCAGCCACUGCCAGGGAGCUGGCUGGACGACAUCCACAUUUGACUCUGGCUGUUCUGGAGAAGGAAAAGUCUGUUGGUGUACAUCAGAGCGGCCACAACAGUGGGGUCAUACAUGCAGGCAUCUACUACAAGCCUGGCUCUCUCAAGGCCAAGUUGUGUGUCGAGGGCAUGCACAUGGCAUACGAGUAUUGUGAUCAAGAAGGUAUACCAUACCGGAAGUGUGGUAAACUGAUUGUUGCAGUGGAUGACUCGGAGCUGGACAGGCUGGAUGAGCUGCAUGAACGAUCUAAGCGUAACAAUGUCCCUGAUGUUGUUAUGUUGGAUGCAGCGCAAAUUAAAGAAAUAGCACCAAACUUCCGGGGAGUACGAGCUCUGUGGUCACCCCACACUGGCAUCGUUGACUGGGGCCUCGUCACUGAACAUUAUGCUCGUAAUUUUGUGGACAGAGGCGGCACCAUUCACACUGAUGCUGAGGUGCUUGGCUUUGAGUCAAAUAAAGGCGACUAUCCCGUCCGGAUCAACAUGAAAAAUAAGAGUGUGGUGUGCCGCUAUGUGCUGACAUGCGGAGGCCUCCAGAGCGACCGCCUUGCUAAGCUGACUGGCUGCUCAUCAGAGCCCCGCAUCCUGCCAUUCAGGGGAGAAUAUCUCCUGCUGUGCCCUGAGAAGAGCCAUCUUGUUACCACCAACAUUUAUCCAGUGCCAGACCCGCGUUUUCCUUUCCUGGGCGUUCACUUCACACCGCGCAUGAACGGUGAUAUCUGGCUGGGGCCGAACGCCAUUCUUGCUCUCAAGAGGGAGGGAUACAAGUGGAGCGACAUCAGCAUAAAGGAUACGUGGGAGGCUUUGACAUUCCGAGGUUUCCAGCGACUUGCUAUCAAGUUUGUUUCAUUCGGUUUGAAGGAAGUCAUGAGAUCAGCCUUCCCGCGGCUACAGGUAGCAAAGCUGCAAGAGUACAUGCCGGACAUUACAGCUGCUGACAUCAGGCGAGGCCCUGCAGGAGUGCGCGCCCAGGCGCUCAACGCUGACGGGUCUUUGGAGGACGACUUCGUCUUCAGCCGCGGCGACGGCGUCAAGGACGCUGACCAGGUGGCGAGUCGUGUGCUGCACUGCCGCAACGCCCCCAGCCCCGGGGCCACCUCCUCGCUCGCCAUCGCCAAGAUGAUCGCUGACAAGUGCAGGGAAGAGUUCGUCUUGUGAUGCCGCUUCUGUUCUCUCUAUUCUUUGUGUUUCAUGAAUUGCGUUUAUGCUUUGGUUGAUUAUGGAAGGGAAAAAGGCAGGGUAUGAUACUAAUCGCCAUCAAAAUAUUGGUCACGAACGUGUGCAGGAAUGAGUUUGUCUUAUAAUUAUGCUCUUAUUAACGAAUUUAAUUCGUGUGGUGGUUCAUAAAUUACGUAAUUAGUUGGAUUGGAUUUUAAAAAAAUAUAGCGCAAUAGCCUUUGAAUUACUUAUAAUGGACGUGUGCAGGGGUGAGUUUGUCUCGUGAUCAUGGCUUUACUUGGAGCUGUAAUUGUUGGGAGUUGUUCGUAAAUUUGGUAUUUACUCUAGUUUGUUUAUGAUGAGCAUCUCAUUAAGAAUUGCAUUAAAUCAUGUUUUCUUUUAACUGGAAGCGUUUGAUAUGAUAAGCAAUCAGUAAUGCA